GUUGAUGGCUCUUCCUUUGAAAAAUUCUCUCAAUUGCCUUUAUCAGAACCAACACUCAAGGGUCUAAGCGCCGGUUCUUUUACAAAGCCUACAGCUGUACAGAAGAAAUCUCUUAAAUACGCGCUAAUGGGCAAAGAUAUAAUUGUAGAAGCAAAAACGGGUAGUGGCAAGACCUUAGCGUUUGUUAUCCCGAUUUUGGAAUGCAUAUACACGGAGAAAAUCACCGCCUUUGAUGGCCCCGUGGCAGUUGUGCUCACACCCACUCGUGAAUUGGCAAAGCAAAUAUUUUCCGUGUUUGAUCGCGUUGGGAAGUUCCACAACUUUACGAUGCUUGAUGUCAUGGGUGGAAAGACUCGAACAGAUAAACGGCAGGAGUGGCAAAGGGCCGCAAAAGCUAAUAUCCUCAUUGGUACUCCGGGAAGGUUCGCGCAACAUCAACAACAAAAUCCCACGCUAGACAUGUCAAAUUUGCGCAUCUUGGUUUUGGAUGAGGUUGAUCGUCUUCUUGAUCCUACCUUUCGUAAUGACCUCCUCGCCAUAACGGACAACCUUACGACUGAUCGCCAGUGCCUUCUUUUCUCUGCUACUCUGUCAAAAACUCGCGACCAGCUUUCAUGCCUAAACUUGAAGUCACCUGUAUUCAUUUCGACGAAUACCACUACUCUCGCUGCAACGCCCGCACACCUCAUACAGUUUUACUCUGUUGUUCCGUUGGAUAAAAAAUUGGAUUAUCUUUGGACUUUUCUACAGAGUCACUGCAAGAAGAAAAUUAUCGUUUUCUUCUCAACACAAAAACAAGUUCGAUUUGUUCACGACCUAUUCCUCCAAAUGCGUCCUUACUUCACUGUAAUGCAACUGCGCGGCAACAUGCUACAAAGCAAGCGAUUUAAAAUCUACGAGAAAUUUUCUCAGACCCCCAGAGGUGCGGUUUUAUUCGCCACAAAUGUCGCCGAACGUGGUCUAGACUUUCCUGAGGUGGAUUGGGUUGUGCAGUUCGACUGCCCAAAACAACUCGACGACUACAUCCACCGUGUGGGCCGAACAGCGCGCGCCGAGCACGUGGGCCGGGCAAUCACCUUCCUCCUCCCCUCCGAGGUCAAACUGGUGGAGCUCCUCGCCCAGCGAAAUGUCAUCCUCAGGCAGCAACAGUUUCCCGAGUCUCGUAUCAGGCCCGUCGUGUCAACUCGUGCACCGGCCAUUUUGGCCAGCCAACCGGAAUUGGCCACGUCAGCUCGUGCCGCCUUCACAGCAUACCUCCGGGACUACUGUCACGUGCCCAAAGGCUCAACCUCCGCCCAACAGCCUGUCAGUUUGAAGUCCGUGUUUCAGCCAUCCGAACUGCCCAUCGACGAGUUCGCAGCCUCCCUAGGUCUUCCGUUAACUCCCGAGCUUCCCAAGAUGAUGCUCCAUCACCAACCCACACGUGCCAGCGGCGAGAAGAGGCCUUCGAUUUGGUCCGGCGAAGAUAAUGCUGGUAGCGACGACGAAGAAAACGAUGGCCUCUUGAAACGCAAGACUUUCUCGGUCUUGCAGCCCGAAUUAAGAGCGAAGGCGGAGGCUAGUGGUCGCAAGCUUCUCGAAUUGGCUUCGUCCGAGGACGAAGAGGAUGAGGAAUCGCUCUCCGAGGACAAUGGCCCGGUCCUGGCCGCCAAGUCGGAUUCGGUUGUAGAGAACCCAAUCAUGACAUCAGCCAAGAAAACCCACUUAACUCGGAUCCAGCUGGCAAAGCGCGAACUGAAGCGAAACAUACGUUCGCAUUCAAAAAUUGAAUUUGACGAAAAUGGAAAGGCAAGUUUACUAACUUUGUGUUUUCGUUAUUUCCAGUUGCUGUCCACACCUCUAUUGAAGACGGUGGGCGGGGUUCCGGUGCCGUAUCUGGACGCGGACAGCGAACUUCCACCGGCUCGCCUCGACAUUGAGGCAGAACGAGAGCGCCUGCGCACCGUCGUAGACCGUGAGGAUAAGAUUCGCUGGCGUGAGAGGAUUCGUGAAAAGCACCGUCUGGAACGCAAAAAAGCCAAGGAAGCGAGAAAGCUGGAAAAGGAUGUCAUUGCUCCCAGACUCGCUGUCAGCGACGAAGAGUUUGCCGGUGAAGACAACGUCGGUGGUAGUGAAACUGGCGGCGAAGGUGACAGUGGGUCGAAUGCGGACGACGUAGAGGACGGAGGUGGCGACGAUUCCGCCAGUGACCAAGACGGCGACGAUUCCGCCAGUGACGAAGACGGCGCACCGCCUGAUAAGCGUCAGCGGCAACAGUAG